AUGUUCCAAGAGCACUACAAUGCUCUCUUCUCCAUGGACUUUGUGGAAACAAGAUACCCACAUUAUGACACAAUGAGGGCCCUUGUAAUCUUUGAGGAUGUGGAGUUGGUACUCAAGAACAUGCACUUGGCCAAAUUCUUCUGUCACCGCUUGGCAUCGGUGAGGUAUCACCAGUAUGAUGAGCUCGAUCGAGCUGAGUUGGACCAAGGCUGGGGAUGGAUUACUUUCCUAGCUAAAGGAGAGAGGAAGAUGGUAACCUUCAGGCAGCUAGAGAUACUCUUUGGUUUCACUUAUGGGGAAGGAAACCUAUGGGAUAUCAAGGAGAAUGAGCUCCAACGAGUAUGGACUACAAUCGCUGAAGCAGGGUACUCUUCUUCAUGGUCCAAGGCUUCUCAAAUCAGGAGCCCAGUGCUGAGGUAUGUGCACAAGGCACUAGCCAACACUUUCUUUGCAAGGAAAGCCACUGGGACAAUCAAUGAAGGAGAAUUGAAACUCCUUGACAUGGGGAUUAAGCCUAUCAUCUCACGCACAAGGGUGGGAAGAAGAUCAGAGGAGACAGGGCACACUCAGGAAACCUCAUGCCUCUCCUUGAGAAGCUACUCACCUACAAGACCACAACAUACAACACUCGAUUUCAGCAAGGAAGAAAGCUAA